CGAGCUUUCGAGAGGCGAAGCACAAAUGCCAUCUGUCUAUUUGGGGUAGUCGCGAAAAUGUCAGUCGAUCAAUCGUCUACCGGCAAAAAAAUUGAUUCUGUUGUUCUCUUUUGGAAACACGAGAAUUCGUCACGUGAUUAAGAUAGUACGAUUACAGGAAUUAAGAAUUAAGGCAUAUUAUUCAUUAUAGUUUUCGAACAGAUAAAUGAAAAAAUGAGUGACGUUAGACUCUUGAUACAGGAGGAAGGACGAACCGCUCGCAAUUUAGUGGUUUUCAAUGUCCCAGUUGGUACUAAUAAUGUAGAAAGAAUAACACGAAAACCACCGAGUAUACCAAGAGUAGCAAGAAUCGCCUCAAUCAAAAGGUCAAUGAAAAAUUCAUCCAGAGUGCGAUCAGCUUCAACAGGACGUGACAAAAAAUCUGAACUGCAAGCUCGUUAUUGGGCUUUUCUGUUUGGGAAUUUGGAGCGUGCGGUUGAUGGUAUUUACCAAACUUGCGAGGAAGACGAAAACAUAUCCGAGUGCAAGGAAGUGAUUUUGGUCCUUGAGAACUAUACUCGGGAUUUUCAUAAUUUGAUAGAGUGGUUCAAGGUUAAAUGGGCGUACGAGAGUUCGCCUCCUCCAUUGAGACGUACCCCACUCGCCUGGGAGGUCCGUAAGACUUCGCCUUGCAGAGCUUGGAAUUCUUCUGUCGUACCAAAAUGUACGAGUCCUGGGCAACUUUCCAGUCCAACGGGUAUUUCUGGUUCAUGUCCUUUGGAACUGCCGACAAUCGAAAAUGCACUAUUGAACAACGAGCGUAAUUCUAGCGCGUUGCAAGAAUCUGCUCACGAGAAAACAAUGGACAAUCGAGCAAACAGCGCGAGAACGACUCAACGUGACAAUAACGCCAAGGAAACCGAAAGCGAUCGUGGAGGCAGAGAUAAAACAGCUGUUCAACAAAAACCAAUCGUUAAAUCAUCUGCGAAGAAUCAGAUAAGAGAAACGAAGAACUUUUCGACGUUGUCGAGGUACAAUAGACCCUCGAAAGGUGUUGUUUCAUCAGGAACAGCUGUGGAAUCAGUAAACAACGACCGAGAGAAUGUAAACUCGAAGAAAGAAGACUCAGGCCCAAGAAUAAUUGGCAAAAGCACUAGAGCCGUGUCGGAUUUGGAAACGCUGAAAAACAAAAUAAACGACAAGGAUUCGGAUAGGAGAGAAACGAAUAAUCGUGUCUUGAAUGAUAAAAAAUUGAACGAGAACGGCACAACGAAUUCUGGAAUAACGAAAGUUACGACGAACAGAAUAGGCAAUUGUACGGAAAAGAAAACUAGUGUGAAAUCGAGCCGUCCCGCAUAUUCGACAGUAUCCAGAGUUUGUUACUCGACCGGAUCGUUGUCACAGGAAACACCGAAAAUAUUGAGAAGCAAAACUACUCUUGGUCUUCGGGAAACUCAUUCGACUGGAAAACCUACGCGUUCCGGUACGUUUUCGAAUAUAAGACGUCGGUUGGAUCUUUUUCCAAGCUUGAAUGCAAAGAAAAUCAAGAGCACCACGGAGACAACGAAUGAGACGAAAAACAGUACGGAAAUAAUGGAUAAAAAAAUACCAAAAAACAGCACUUCCGAGGACGGUUGGCAAACCGUUCGCAGUCGCUGGAGACGCGGGAGCACUCACAAUUUAAAUAUGGCAAUGCGUUUCAACAAGCCCAGCACUGCUACGUCUCUUCCAGCUCUUUCUAUCGAAAGUCCUUGUGAAAAAAUAAAAAAUACAGCGUCUUUCACCCCGGAAUUUUGCGACCGUACAAGCGAACAAUGCAUCACCCAAAAAGCUGGCAAGAAUCGUAACAAUGAAGUCGAGAAAGUACAGGGCGAGAGACAAAUGAGAAGGUCACCAAAGAACGAGGCUAAAAGAAAGUCUAGAAAUUCUGUGCCAAAUUCCCUCAAUGAUACCAAUUCGACUUCCGUCAUUGCCGCUGUUUUUAAAAACGAGGCUGAACUGCUGGAAAAAAGGAUUCAACAAUUUAUGGCCGCGCAAGCGGAGAGGGAACGAAUUAUUUUAGAAGAAGAGAGAAAAACUGAAGAAGCCGAUUCACAAAGAUCGCAACAGUUGUCCGACGAGGAAGCUUUCUUACAGAGACAAAUAUUAGAAUUGGAAUCUACGGAAAUCGAUAUCGACACUGAAACCGACGAAACGGACGGUGAAACCGUCAUUGAGAUCGACGAUUCUGAAUCUGUUCAACAACUCACUGACAACGAUGAUAUCAGUCUCGAAGAUCGGUACGAAAACAUGCUCGAAGGGAUGUCCUCAUCCGAAAGAAUGGACACGCUAGCUCAGCUGCAAGAUCUAGUGGCCCGGCAUCCGGGUCGUGCACUGGAGCUCCAUCAAAAGCUAUCGUCGCCUUCGAGGAAGCGAUCACUGGCUGAAACUUUGCGUCGUUAUCAAGCCAAGCAGGCUUGUGCCCAGCACAAGCGUCAAACUUUAUUAUCCAAAAAGUCGCAAAGGCUUCGAGAAUUGCUGAAUAAAGUCGAAGACGUGAAGAGCGCGAAGAAUCAAUUGAUCGAAGACAAGCGCGUACGGAUGGAGCUGAAGUUGAAGAGAGCCGAAGAAAAUCGCACUCAGCACUUGUUGGAAAUCGUUAGAAAAGCUCAUGACGAAGAUUCGAAAUUGAAAGAAAUCGCUUUUAUAAAUGAACUCGAAGCGCAAAACAAAAGGCACGAUUUUAUGGCACUUUGCCAAGAACAAGAAGAACGUCUUCAGGGAAUUCAAGAAGAACGUCAGCGGCGACAGGAGGAAAAAGCUGCAAAAGAAGCAGCUGCUGAGGAACGUCGUCGGGCUAUUGAAGCUGAUAGACAAUUGAGAAUUCAAAAAAUGCGACAGGCGCGACGAGAACGCGAAGAAAGAGUCGGCAAGAUGCAAUUAGAGAGAGAAAAAGAACGUCAGGAAUUGGCUCGAGAAAAAGCUCGCGAUCGGGAAGAACGAUUGUCGGCUCUGCAUGCAGCACAGCUCGCGAAUCAGGAAGAAUUGCAGAAGAAAAUAGCCCAGAAACAGCAAGAAUCGGCUCGACGUCACGGCGAGAAUAUUGAGCAUAUACGUCAACGGGCUGUUGAAUCUUCCAUCCUGCGGUCCGAGGAAGUUCCACCCAGUCUCAAAUCGUACCCCGCGCAAAAACAGUGCACGCUUUGCGGCACUCAGAUCCCAAACGAAGUUUGUUUGCUGAGCCACCUGAAAAGGAAAACCCAUCUCGAAGCGGUAAAAAAGAUGCACGACGGUCGUGAGCCGUCCCGUGACGAGCUGCAGCGUUUCAACAUAGCUCAAAUCAGGGACGUUUCAUCACCGCAGAAUUCAAAUGUAAACGGCGUUGGAACGAACGACGAGACAAAAGUCGCGCGGGAGAAACAAAAGGCGUUGAAGAGGCGAAGUAGAAAAUUGAAACAACGAAUGUCAGCCAGGGGACAAGAAUGGGAAACGCAAAAUUCUACUUCCAAUCAAGUCCCUAUCGAAUCACCCAACAAAGCCAAAUUUCGACAGUAUUUGAAAGAACUCGAAAGAUUAAUUUCUAAUCACGCCAAAACGGUCUGGCCCAGCGUCGCUGUUGCCAGACUCGAUCGCUGCUUGGGCGAACUCUCGAGAACUUUCCUCAAAGCGGUUCCCGUGGAUCAGGAAGCCUUCAGAACGUUGAACGGACUUGACACGUUGUUCAGUCUAAUAAACUUGGGACUCAACGUGCAAAACACUUCUCAAAACUUGCCGAAUAAGAGCCUCGUUUUAGUCUGUCGAGUUUACAAGGCUGCAAUCAACGGUCAUAAUGCCAACAUCGAGAACACUUUGUUGAGCAACAAAAUCGUUGGUAUUUUGGAUCUUCUUCUCCAGCGUUUCGAAUCUGUAACCGCACUGGACGAUCACUCCCAAGCGAUGGAAACCUCUACAAAUCUCAGCGUUAAUUCAGCUGUUACGAGCGCGACGAUUCAAUUGCUUUGCAGCCUCAUACCUGAAGUGCCUUUCGAGAAGCAGUCUCUUCAGUCCCGGCUUCACGAUAUCGUUGGCAGUGAAAGUCGCGUCGUAAGAAGAGAAAACAAAAUAAUGAAAAAACGUAUUUUCGUUAAACGAUGGGAUUACGGACCACCGUGAUGGAGUUCGAAAAUAUACUCUCGGAAAAAGGAAGACCACACCGAUGAACUGCGUAUGAACUCGUACAGUUUCCCUCCGUAACUCAAUACUUUGGCUAUUCGUUCCCCGUCGGCGGUGACGAGAAACAGUCUCUGUUUGAACUGCUCGUUGGUACACACACCGACGAGCUCUCAUCCGCGAGAUCUUAGCCGUCGGAUUGACGGUAGCCGCCGAUCUCACUACCGAGAGACUCGCUAGACGCGACACACCUGGGUCAACUUCCUCUGAGCCGAGGACCUCCCAGAACCUUGCUAUUCUUUCAAUUCCUCUCUUUCUUUUCCUCUCGAUAAGUCAUUCCAACCCUUCACUACACAACGACGUUUGUCACGCCGAGCUACAUUUCGCUUCGUUGCAUUUCCGUAUUUUUCAUUAUUUCAUACUUUUUCCUCCUGAAAAUUCUCCAUUUAUUAUCAUUCAAAGUCGUUUCCCUCAUCAGUUAAGCAAGUUCGCGCGAAUCUAGUGGAAAUUGAAAACUCCAACUUUGAGAGUUGAAAUUUUGAAACAUGCUAGAAAUAUAGACCGUGCAUUUAUUCCCGGAAUUAUUAUAGGAUCUACCGUCCAGUCGUCGAGAAAACGAUUUACGAAAAUCACAUUUUUUUAAGGGUCAUACGUAGGCUCUUGUGGCAGGCACACUUCCUGUGCGACCAUUUCGAUUUAAUGAAAUAGGUGAAAAUCACUCGGGAGGGGAGAAAUAAAAACACUUAUUCGAGGUUAACGAGUAAUAACGACACAAACGGUGGAAGAUUUGACAUAACCGUGGAGCCAGCUGGUUCAAAAUAUAGAUACGCAUACGCAUAUAAGUAGAGAACAGCUCUUGUCACAAUUUUCUUGACAAUUUUACUACGAAAGCUAUUUUAACCGCGACCAUAACAUUAAAAAUUGAUCAAUCUCAACAAAUAAGUUACACGUAAUUUUAAUAAUUGCGAGAGUAAAUUUUCAUCGUUUCAUUGAUCAUGAUGAAAAGAGCAAAAAAGUUCAGUUGCUUUUUUGAGUCACGAGUAACGCGUCAUCUUCCUUAACUCCAAAGGCUGAAAAAUUCUAUCGAAUUCCCUAUAAAAUUCGAUCCCCCGAGUUUUUCACCUCGCGAUGCCUCAUGAAUCGAGUCAAGUGAGUACGCAAAGAAAAAUGCUUUCAGUUCGAGGGAUGGGAACGCGAGACCGCAGAUUGCAGGAUAAUCAAAGUUUUUGGGUGAUUUUGAAAUUCGAUCGAAUUAGUCCGAGCCCCCUUCGGGGCAUUGAGGCGAGAUCGACGAUACGAUUUUUCAUUCCUAUUUUUCUAUACGCGUUUGGAAGACGUGGCAUUUGUAUAGUGUCCAUCAUUAGACGCUAAGCGGAAAGGGCGCGUGAAACUUCGGUUAUAUCGAGCUAUCGAACUGGAGGUUCGUGUGUGCCCAUCGCAGCCGGGAGAAAAACGGGGUUGCUCGCGAUAUUAUGAUUAAUUUCCUGCCGAUGUAAAGUAACCAGUCAUCGCUUUUACUUAGCGCGAUUACACCGGUUCUUUAUCCUCGUACCUUGUAUAUAUAGAUUUAAACGUAUUGAACAAAGCAUAGGAAAGCGUUGAAAAUAUACAAAAGGUGAGAGUUAUAUAUAUAUAAAAAAAAAAAAAGAAAAAAAAUCCAAAGAACUCUCCAUACGCCUCGAUUCUAUCGAUCAUUUCGCCCUGCACUGUGCGUCUGGAUUUCCAAAUCCUUCACGCUCCCCACCCUCUCACGCAGCCAUUCUAUUUUAUUUCCUUUUUUUUCCAUCCUCGUUUAGUCCGCGAGUAGAAAAAAGCUUCCUCCUCUUUGUUUCCGCUUUCGUGACGAUCGAGUUAUUUUCCGAUGGAAAUUCCCUUUUUUUUUAGGAAUUUUUCGGACCAUCGUACUCCUUCGGGUGUCGCAUUCGAUUCGAAUGCAAUUAUUCCGACUGGUUUCGCCGUCUAUGAAAAUGUGGAGGUUUUUUUUGAAAAUGUUCCUAAAAUAGCUUCUUUUUUGAGGGUUUUUGAGGGUCACUUUGAGGAAGACAGCAUAUUUUCAAAACUUAAACGCUCGCGAUCAAACUUUACAGAUUGUUCGAUCGAGCCUUUUGCCAGGUUUGCAAACGAGCCAGAUGGACUUUUGGUCAAUUGAGAUAACGAACGAUAACAAGGCUUUUUGUUUGACCUCCCAUCGAGAACCAUUAAUCCUUAUCACUAGCCGCGCGUUCGUUGCCUGUGAUUUUGAGAAGCACUUCCCAGCUUGUUUGGGUUGCUUGUUUGUACGUUACUCGACGAUACAUGGACUUUCGAAAGUGCGAAUAAACGUUUUUUCCCUCUCGAAUAGAUUUACCCGGGGCUUCCAGCAUCCCGGGAGAGCGACUGAAAAAUUAAAACCCGUUCGAGCUGCCGAUACGUUGUAAAAUCGUUCCCGGGGAAGGGAAUCGAUUUUGGGAAUUCGACGAUCGAGCUUUUUCCCCAAAUCAGUUUCGAAAAGCUUUGACAUUCGAAAAGCCUCGUUCUCGUCUCGCUGAAACUCCACUUUUGAGCGCUUCGGGCACGUUUUCUUCGCCGACGAAACGGGGGGGUCCGGAAAUUAGUUCGUAGUCGCGAUAAUCCGAGCAGGGCUCGAAGAAGUAUCACGCUGAAUAAUUGUUGCAGCGUUUCUCGACGAGGAAAGCCAUCGUCAAGCAAUCUUGAUCUUUGCUUGUUCUACGUACUCGAAUACCGAGGCUUGCAAGGGACAAAUGAACCAGCAGAAACGUGGACAAAACUCCUGAGAAUUUCUGCUCGAUUAUACUUUCGUUUUUCACUUUUCGAAAAUCACGUGUCAUCCGAUAUUUCGAAUGAAAUAAAAAACUUCACUCGAAAUUCUCGCUUAUCGUUGCGCCAUUUGAAAAAUCAUCGAAUCUUUCGUUCGAAUAUUUUCAAACAUUUUUUGACGGCAUACAAAUAUUUAAUGACCCCAUUUUUAAACGGGGCUUCAAGCAGAUUUACAUUCGUUAUAAGCCCCCGAUACCGUGCAUUUACGAACAGUCCACGAUACGAAUAUCCAUGGGCUCGGAGCACCAACGUUCUUCGGGGUCACUUAUUCCACGUCACGGACACCGUGGCAUGGAAUAAAUGAAUGAGACUCGGUGAACAUGCACCGUAAAUGAAACUCCUAUUACAUCGACAGAUUUGAAAUAAUCUGAAAGAUUUGUUUCAACAACGUGCGCAUAUUGAAUCCGAGCGUCGAAAUAAGUGGAAACCGUUCAGACAAAGAACGGUUUAAGGUAGAAGUUGAACAUCGCUUUAUUCGCUUAUUUUUUAUUUCGUCUUUUCAUAGAAGUAGCGGGGAGUCGAUCGAGGCUUCGACUUAAUCGUUCGUAUCGAUUAUCACGAAUUAAGUAGGCAAACAAAAUCGACGAAGAGUGAAAAUCUUGGCCCCUUUUUCACUCUCUUAUUUCGCGAUCCCAGCGGUUAUAAUUCAUUCGCAAAAUCCUUAAAGUCCUCUUGGAGCGAUCUCGAUUAAUAUCGGAUCAAGUAAGCUUUGGGCAUAAGGAACCGACGACAGGAUUCGUAGACUCUGACAGACGUGAGACAACGACCCUUCUCGAGGAAGAAACCCUCGCUGCGGAUUCCUUUUUCUCUCGCCCAUCGUAACGCCCCUUUGUCCUCUUACCUCCGUUUCUCUCAAUUAUUUAUUUUCGAUAUUGUGUCUUUACUACAGAGAUUUCAAAUGGUGCCCAGAAAAACGGGAAAUUUCAGCCGUCCAAUGUCCGUUGAAACAGUUUUUUAGUUCUUUUCUCAACAAUUUGAUUUUAUAACAAAACGAGAGUGAAAAUCUACCACGUAAUUUUGGGCAGUGAUAACAAUUCGAGAGCCGAAGUAUUAAAAAAACGAAAUCGCAGCAAUUUAUCCCGAAAAUUAAAUCGUAUCGAUGAACGCGAUUUCGUUUCAUUUUUUGGCCAACCUCUCGGAGAAUUUUUCAAGAGAUUCGCAUCUCUCCGAUGGAGGAUUAUAAAAAAAGUUGCAAAAGUGAUUGAAAAAAAUGAGAAAGUAAAUUCAUCAUUUUUGUUCCACCUCUCGAUGGAGAAUUCCUCCAAUUUGAGUUCCCUUGAUUCUGCUGCUAUUUUCGUUGUCCGCCUUCGCGACGUUCGAGUACUUGAAAAAAUUCACGAUUUUU